GUUAAGGCAGCUACUAUGUAAGGUCAGUCAAGGGUAGCUACAGCCCACCUUCCCUUCCUACCCAGAACUCCCAGACUCCUUCCCGCGCCAAUACGCGUCGUAUGUAACAAUAUUUGUGAUCCCAUGUUUCUUGUCCCCACAUGAGCUUAUCAAGUUCUCAUCAUCCAUUGGGCUAAGCUUCGUCAACGGAACUCAAUUACAAUUUUCUAUCCAUCUAACACAUUUCUUCUCCUUCAUUACUUACCUAAUUACCUUUUAUUGUUGCGAGCCCUCGAUGGAUGGGAUGGUCGUUUGACCAUAGUCGUUAAAUCUUUGCCCAUCCGUUGACCUUUCAAGCCGGGCAAAUUUAAUUAGUAGUAUAAUCCUGGUCUUGACUAGGUACUUGGCUAAGGUGGCGCGCUUUGAAGGCUACCGAAACAACGGCUAACUGCCUGUCUCCAAAGGCAACCAACCCUUCUAUCCCCUAACAAUUUUCUCGUAGCAUUUUUCGAUUAAUUGAUAAAUUGCCCUGGUCCGAGUCGGGUUCGAGGCUGUCUUAGGCAGUAGUGUACUUCAACGAAUCGACUUCACCUCGCGAGGUUAACGGCAAGCAUGGGGAACGAAGGCAUCCUUCGCGCCCGUACAAUCGUUCUUAGUCUAUUUAGAGCCCUCUUCCUCUCAGUCGGCCUCACAUCCGCGAUUCCAACGUCUUAUCAUGCUCUCGAAAAUACUCUCGAAAAUACUCCCGAACGAGCCGAAGAUGGCGCCCUCUGGGUGCUUUACGUCGUGUCCAUAGUCCUCGUGCUCUUAGGAGGUGCCUUUGCCGGUUUGACCAUAGCGCUCAUGGGCCAGGAUGAGAUCUACCUUCAAGUAAUAUCUUCAGAUCCUGAGGAACCCCAACGAAAGAACGCAAAGCGUGUCCAUGAUCUCUUAAAUAAAGGCAAACAUUGGGUCUUAGUGACGUUGUUGUUGUCCAAUGUUAUUGUCAAUGAAACCCUUCCCGUCGUACUAGAUAGGUGCUUUGGCGGUGGCGUUGCAGCAGUUGUUGGAAGUACUGUCUUGAUAGUCAUCUUCGGCGAGAUCUUGCCACAGUCCGUUUGUGUUCGCUACGGUCUUCAGAUCGGCGGGUAUAUGUCGAAGCCCGUGCUUCUGAUGAUGUACCUAUUCGCUCCCGUCGCAUGGCCAACUGCAAAGCUCCUCGACUGGUUAUUAGGUGAAGACCAUGGAACUGUCUACAAGAAAAGCGGGUUGAAGACGCUGGUCACGCUUCAUAAAUCUCUAGGCGAAGUUGACGAGCGUCUAAACCAAGACGAAGUUACCAUCAUCAGUGCUGUCCUAGAUCUAAAACGCAAGGCUGUCGAGGAGGUUAUGACGCCGAUGGAGGAUGUCUUUACCAUGUCGGAGGAUACCGUGUUGGAUGAAAAGACUAUCGAUCAAAUUCUCGACGCCGGCUAUUCUCGCAUCCCUAUCCAUCAAACCGGAAACCCGACGAAUUUUGUUGGCAUGCUCUUGGUCAAAAUCCUCAUCACCUAUGACCCUGAAGACGGUAAACGAGUCAAAGACUUCGCUCUCGCUGCCCUUCCUGAGACCCGACCUGAAACUAGUUGUCUUGAUAUAAUCAACUUUUUCCAGGAAGGAAAAUCCCAUAUGGUACUUAUCUCAGAGUCUCCUGGUGAUGAUCAUGGUGCCCUGGGUGUCGUGACGCUUGAAGAUGUGAUUGAAGAGCUUAUCGGAGAGGAAAUCAUUGACGAGUCGGAUGUAUAUGUCGAUGUGCAUAAAGCCAUCCGUAGAUCUCAUCCCGCCCCCAAAGCUCGAGCUUUGCGGAGGGAGCUUAUGGCCAAGGACCUUGAGAACAGGAAUAGCACGCUUAUUGACAUAGAUGAAGAUGGACAAGAGCAUCAACCUAAACGGGGUGGGUCGAUCAGCAGCAAGACGGACGCUUCUGCUCUCGGUUCUAGCCCGAAGAUGACGACGUUGCUGAUGCGAAGACGUUCGGCCGGUCAAGACGGACUACUGGUGCACACUAUGGUCCCAGUCAAAGCCAACUUCGAGGAAAUGAGGGAUCACUUGAAGCAUCUUGGCCCGUCGAACCCUGCAUCAAAUCCUAAGAGCACACGAGUUUCGGCAGUUAAGCUCAAGCCCGGUUCAACAGCAGUUACUGCCACCCAGCAACGCCCAAGUUCUAUUGCGACAGAUGAUAUUACAGAAGAUCCAAUUACGGAUGUCGAUGAACGCACAAGUUUAUUAGGACCUCAAUUUAAAGCAAAAGAUGGCACACAUGCCCUACAGCAGAGUCACACCGAAUCACCUUCUAAUCCUCCGCCCGGGAUCGUGACCAAUUUCGAAAGCGAGGGUUCCGAGCAAGUGACCAAAGGUACACAAACUAAGCUCUGUGUCGUGGUCGAAAGUGAUGCCUCCCCGACACAAGAUUCCACGAAAGAAAUCAUGGAGAGUGUCUAUGAUGCUAUCGGGCGGAGAAGAGGCCACGUGCGUAGUGGUAGCAUUACCGAAAAUAUAAUCGAAUCCGGUGGUAUUCGCAAAGUCGUUCUUGAGGCUAACGAUACAUCGUCAGGCGACGAAGGACAGAAAGCAGUCAUGCCUGCACCGUCUGAUGAAGAAGGAACGUCUUCCACGGCCACAGUCAUUCCCACCGUCACCAAAGACAAUAAAGGGAAAAAGAAAAAUCGUCGCAAACACAGGAAUGGAGGGAGGUAAAAGAAGUAUUAUGCCAGCGCAAGGGGAUACGGCCUGAUAUUAUUUCAGUAGAACAGCGAUAAUGUAACACUAUAUGACCGCAUAAUUGCCCAAGGUAAAUUCUCUGUAGAGCAUUUACCGGGUUGGUCUCAGGACCUCGAAUAUCGGUAAUCAGGAUCCCCAUAGUAUCCAUCUAUUAAGCCUAGCCUAUGUAAGAUCAUCUCGGACUGUUGGUUAGCACCAACUAUGUAACACCACCUAUCACAAUAAAAUGCUAUCCACAGAAUCGCCAGAGUUCUAAAAGUGGAAGAUAUGCC